GGAUGAACAAUGCGUCCUCAAUAUCCACUUCCCCACCUUCACUACGAGAAAGAUAUUCGUUUCAAGACUCGCUGAUACCCCAAGCACUCAAAAGCGCCACAGCUUGCCACUGACAACUCGACAUCAUGUCUUCUGAAGCUCAAGCCUGGGUCCCGCCCGCUGAAGGCUCCCCGUGCUGGGUUGAAAUUCCUGCCCGCGACACUGAAAAGCUCAAGGCCUUCUAUAGUGACCUCUUCCCUACUUGGACCUGGAAAUCUGAUAUCUCCGACGCUGGGCAUCAGGUCUCCUUGUUCGAAUUCAAAGAUCCCAAGGGGCUGGGAGGCGGGCUUGUCAAAAUGCCUGACGGCUGUGGCCCGAACACGCAAGCUCUCGGCUCAGGCGUGACGAUCUACCACAUGGUCGAUUCGCUUGAAAAGACUGAAGCUCGCGUCCAUGAACUGGGAGGUAAGACAGUCUUGCAAAAGACCGCCCAAGGGGAUAGCGGCGUCUACAUCAAUGUGACAGACCCAGAGGGAAAUAGAUUUGGCAUCUACCAGUUGGUGCAAAAGUGUGGCUCUUAGGCUUGUCAAUUUCGACAGAUGAUGAUCGUUCAAUCACUCCAAUCCAUAGCUCUGGAGGAGUUUCGAUCCAAGUACUCGGUACUCCGUAGUCCAAUGCAGAACCUGAAUAGUCGAGCUGUUGAC